AUGGUGAAUUUGGGUAUCCUACGGCAAAUGGAAGGAAAACUCGAUCAGGCUCGAUCACUUUAUCACUCGGCUAUAGCGAAGUCGCCGCAGCUUUUUGAGCCUCACUUCAAUUUGGCAUUGCUGGAUACCCAGACUGGUCGGUACGAUGAGGCGUUCCGAAUGAUCAAAGUUGCAUUGACGUUGUUCCCAGAUCACAGUCAUUCUCUACAACUUUAUAACACCCUUCAUCAACUUUAUACGAUCAUUUGA